AUUUUGGAGCUUCAAGUUCAAGUACCUGAGGCUGAAAUGCUUUUGGAUUUGAUAAAGCAAGCUGAAUCAUGCCGGUCUCGGUGCAAUGAGAUGUUGAAAGGUUCUAUUUGCCUAAAGAAACUUGAAUUGCUGCUUCUUGAAUUGGAUGGUUUUCCUGUUAAAAUUCCGGAACUAGAGCUUCUGAGGCAAUAUCACACAGAUGCUGAGUCUUGGGUUUCACGUGUUAAUGAUGUUCUCGUGAAUCUUCAUAACCGGGAUGAUCAAGAAAAUGUUGUUGAUGAGUUACAAUGCAUCAAAAGAGAUGGAGAGUUGUUAAAAAUUCGAGUUGAUGUGUUGCCUUUUUUUGAGGACCUUGAAGUUGACCUAAAGAAGGCCCUUUGCAGGGUAAAAGCCCGCAAGGUACUUCGUUGCAAAAUGUCGUUGGACUUCAUCCAGACACUACUGAGGGAGGCAAGCUUGUAUGCUCCUUGGUUUGAUGCUUCUUACAGAUUAAGAACAAUUAAGAUUUUCUCUUUACAUUUUCAAAAUUUUGACUUUCACAUGCCAAUAUAUGCCAGAUUGCAGGUUGAGAAAGAGAAAUUGUUUGCUGAAAUUUCUGGACUGCAUGCAGUUGGUAUAUGUUGGGAAGAAAAGGCAAAGCAUAUUCUUGCAAGUGAGGCUCAGAUGUCUGAUUUCGAGGAUCUUUUGAGGACUUCUAAGGACAUAUGUGCUAUUCUACCAUCCCUUGAUGAUGUCAAGGAUGCAAUAUCAAUGGCUAAGUCAUGGUUAAAUAAGUCCAAGCCAUUUUUAGUUGACGACAUACCUGUGGCGCUUUCCUCAAGUUCUUUGCUUAAAGUUGACGCACUGAAGGACUUAGUCUCACAGUCAAAGCUACUGAAGAUAUCUUUGAGAGAAAGAUCUACGCUUCAAACAGUUUUAAAUAAUUGCUUGAAAUGGGAGCAGGAUGCGUGCUCUUUACUGCAUGAUGCAGAAAGCCUAUUGAUUAUUGAAAAUGUUGGUGAUGGAAUUUCCAGCGGUCUUCUUUCAAGAAUUGAGCAUCAAGUUGCUGCAAUGGAAUCUGCCCUAAAAGCUAUUUUAUCUCUUGGUUUUGACCUUGGUGUGAUUCCAAAACUUCAAGAUGCUUGUUCUAUGCUUCAAUGGUGCUUUAAGGCCCUUUCUUUCUGUGCCAUCGCUCCCGCACUUGAGGAAGUUGAGAUGUUAUUGGAGGUUACUGGCCCCCUCCCUGCCAUUUAUAAAUCCUGUUCGUUGUGGAGCUCAUUAGUGGAUGGAUUGAAUUGGCUUAAGAAUGCCUUAGAGAUUUCUGUGCCAUGCAAUCUUAGAAGAUUCAAGUUGAGUGAUGUUGAAGAAGUUUGCAUGCAGUCUCAGACUAUUAAUAUCUCCUUCCCGGUGAUGGUUAGUCGACUUCUGAAUGCUAUCAAGAGACAUCACCUCAACUCUAGAGAUCGAUCAUGGGUUUUAUUGCUAGAGCUCAAGUUUGUGUCUGGUAUCAUAAACAGUAACGUUCAAGAUUUUGAUCCUUCAAAUGUACAAUGUGGUUAUUUUUUAUUACCUUCUGGGCUUCCUGAGUCCUGCUAUGUGGCUGAUGAGCUUGAACUUGGGAGCACGGAUGCCUAUAAUUGCUCAGAGCUAGACAUGGUCUCAUCUGAAGUACAAAAGGUUGAGCACUGGAAGCAACGGUUUGAGGAAAUUGCUGGGCCUUCUGUUGGAGAUCAUAAUUCAAACCUCAAUGUUCUACUUGAGAUAAAAAGUACUCUUGAUAGAUCCUUGUAUAUAUAUGAUAAGUCUAAGGGCCGCGAGCCAGGAUGUAUAUGCAUUCUCUGCUGCAAUGAUAUUAAGGAUCAGGAGCUUUUGACUUGUUCCUUGUGCAUGGACUGCUUCCAUUUGGGGUGCUCUGGAUCAGCACUGGAAAAUACAAAUGAUGCAGCAAUAUUUAUUUGUCCAUUUUGCCACUGUGCUAAAAAAGGGAAAAUCUCUCGAAACGGAAGUGGUCUUUUGAGAAUAGGAGGGAAACAACCUGAAUUAAAUGACCUCAUUGAGCUUUUAUCGCUUGCAGAGGAUCUCUGCAUAUGCAUCAAGGAAAAAAUUAUACUUGGCCAAAUUGUUGAGAAAGCUGUUGCCUGCAAAGCUUGGUUAACAGAGAGAGUGGAUUUUGUGUUAGGUUACCUUGAUGAAGAUCUCAGCAUAGCUGCUAAAAAUAUUUCUGUUGCUUUGAAGGCUCGUGAUGGUGCAUGGUCUGGCAGAGAUUCUCCUGUCUGUGGCUAUCAGCCCCGCAACAUGGUCAGUUUUCUCUUCCUGAUUGGAAGUACUUUUUCUUGCAAACAGGCAGUAGAAGUGGCAGGUGUAUAUGAUCAUCAAGGUAGCUGCAAAUUGGAGCUGGCAUUAGCAAGAAAUUCAUGGAGAGUCACAGCCCAGGGACUAUUAGAAGGUCCACAUAAGCCCAAGAUUCAACAAAUUCAGCAGCAUUUGAAAGCGAAAGCUGUUGCCUGCAAAGCUUGGUUAACAGAGAGAGUGGAUUUUGUGUUAGGUUACCUUGAUGAAGAUCUCAGCAUAGCUGCUAAAAAUAUUUCUGUUGCUUUGAAGGCUCGUGAUGGUGCAUGGUCUGGCAGAGAUUCUCCUGUCUGUGGCUAUCAGCCCCGCAACAUGGUCAGUUUUCUCUUCCUGAUUGGAAGUACUUUUUCUUGCAAACAGGCAGUAGAAGUGGCAGGUGUAUAUGAUCAUCAAGGUAGCUGCAAAUUGGAGCUGGCAUUAGCAAGAAAUUCAUGGAGAGUCACAGCCCAGGGACUAUUAGAAGGUCCACAUAAGCCCAAGAUUCAACAAAUUCAGCAGCAUUUGAAAGCGGGACUUGCCAUAAGCAUACCUCCAGAAGAUUACUUCAGGCAGAGACUCACAGAAGUGAGGCACAUUGGCUUGCAGUGGGCAGAUAAAGCCAAGAAGGUUUCGGUGGAUUCUGGGGCACUUGGAUUGGAUAAAGUGUUUGAACUUAUGAUGGAGGGUGAAAAUUUGACAAUUCAAUUUGACAAGGAACUUAAGUUGUUGAGGGAUCGAAGUAUGCUUUACUGCAUAUGUCGGAAGCCCUAUGACCAAAGAGCAAUGAUUGCUUGUGAUAAAUGUGAUGAAUGGUAUCACUUUGAUUGCAUUAAAUUAUCUUUGCCACCAAAGAUUUACUUCUGCCCUGCAUGUAAACUUCAAACGGAUGUGGAUUUAUGUGCAUCGCCAUCGUUGACUCAGGAGAGGCAAGUAUCAAGUGGCAGCAAAUUGGAAGAGCCUCAAACACCUUCACCACACCGCACAGAGCUGCGAAGAAAAUCGAAGAAACCCAAGUCCAGAAAGAGGAAGACAUUGGUGCCUGCAGACAGUGAUAGUUUGAAGCGUUCUAGUGGAACUGAGCGUUUGUUAUGGAGAAACCGGAAGCCUUUUAGAAGAGCGUCCCGAAAACGUGCUGAGCUUGAGAGUCUCUCCCCAUUUUUCUAUGUACGAACUAUUUCAUAG